AUCCAGGGCUCACUACCUUCUGCCACAAUGAGUGCACUCCUGUUCCUGGCCCUUGUGGGAGCUGCUGUUGCUUUCCCUGUGGAUGAUGAUGACAAGAUCGUUGGAGGAUACACCUGCAGAGAGAAUUCUGUCCCCUACCAGGUGUCCCUGAACUCUGGCUACCACUUCUGUGGAGGCUCCCUCAUCAAUGACCAGUGGGUGUUGUCUGCAGCUCACUGCUACAAGNCCCGCAUCCAAGUGAGACUGGGAGAGCACAACAUCAACGUCCUGGAGGGCAAUGAGCA